GCCCGCACUCUGGGGUGCGCGCAGGGGUAGGGGGCAACGGUCCACUGUCACCCUGAGACGGGUGGCGGCGGGAUGGCGACGGCCUCUGGGGCCUCGGACUUGGCCUGCUCCGGAGCGCCCCCGCCUGGCGGGGGAGCCCAGGCGGCGGCGGCUGAGGAGGAGGAGCGAGAGGUGGUACGGGUCCGAGUCAAGAAAUGCGAGAGCUUCUUGCCACCUGAGUUCCGCUCUUUUGCUGUUGACCCCCAGAUCACCUCCCUCGAUGUGUUACAGCACAUCCUCAUCCGAGCCUUUGACUUGAACGGGAAGAAGAACUUUGGCAUCAACUACCUGGGCCGGGAUCGGCUGGGGCAGGAAGCUUACCUCUCACUCCUGUCGGACUGGGACCUCAGCACAGCCUUCGCCACCGCCUCCAAACCUUACCUGCAACUGCGUGUAGACAUUCGGCCCACUGAGGACAGAACCACUUUGAUCAGUUUGAUGUUGCAGGUCCUUUAUUUAUUCGCUCAGACACACACACACACAAAAAUUUGUCCACAUACAGAGAUAUGCCCGCUGCUGGAGGACUGGGACAUAAUCAGCCCCAAGGAUGUGAUUGGCUCUGACGUGCUGCUGGCUGAGAAACGGUCAUCGCUGACAACAGCUGCCCUGCCCUUCACACAGUCCAUCCUUUCUCAGGUGGGCCGCACCUUAUCUAAGGUCCAGCAGGUGCUAAGCUGGUCAUAUGGCGAAGAUGUCAAGCCUUUCAAGCCACCCCUGAGCGAUGCUGAGUUUCACACGUACCUGAACCAUGAGGGCCAGCUCUCCCGCCCCGAGGAGUUGCGCCUGCGGAUCUAUCACGGUGGUGUUGAGCCCUCCCUGCGAAAGGUGGUGUGGCGGUACCUGCUGAAUGUGUACCCAGAUGGGCUGACAGGCCGUGAGCGGAUGGACUACAUGAAACGCAAGAGUCGCGAGUAUGAGCAGCUCAAGAGCGAGUGGGCACAGCGAGCGAGCCCCGAGGACCUGGAAUUCAUCCGAAGUACAGUCCUCAAGGAUGUACUACGUACCGACCGGGCCCACCCCUACUACGCGGGGCCUGAGGAUGGCCCACAUCUGCGGGCACUGCACGACCUGCUCACCACCUAUGCUGUUACCCACCCACAGGUGUCCUACUGCCAGGGCAUGAGCGACCUUGCCUCGCCCAUCCUCGCCGUCAUGGACCACGAAGGCCAUGCCUUUGUCUGCUUUUGUGGCAUCAUGAAGCGCCUGUCUGCGAACUUCCAUCCUGAUGGCCGUGCCAUGGCCACCAAGUUCGCCCAUCUCAAGCUGCUGCUGCGACAUGCGGACCCUGACUUCUACCAGUACUUGCAAGAAGCUGGCGCUGAUGACCUCUUCUUCUGUUACCGCUGGCUGCUACUUGAGCUCAAGCGUGAGUUCGCCUUUGACGAUGCCCUCCGCAUGCUUGAGGUCACCUGGAGUUCACUGCCCCCUGAUCCUCCUGAACACGAGGUAGAGCUUGUCGGACCCCCCAGCCAAGUGGCAGACACUGGCUGUGGUGGCCACAGGGGGCAGCCUGUGAGACAGAGGCACAUGUUAAGGCCUGCCGGUGCAGGAGGCAGUGCCUUCGAAGAUGCUGUUGACCACUUGGGCAUGAGCAGCCAGGGGCCUAGUGGUGGAGGGCGUCUCCUGAGACAAGCCAGCCUGGAUGACCUGCAACAACUCAGGGAUAACACGGGCUCCAGGAGGGACCCUCUGGUCCAGCUGCCCCGCCCAGCUGCCCUCAUCAGCUGCAAGUCCCUCUCUGAGCCCUUGCUGAAUUCCCCAGACCCACUGUUCUCUUCCUCUUCCCACCCUGAUUCCCCAUCCUCCUCAUCUCCGUCAUCCACCCAGGAGGCCUCUCCCGCUGGUGAUGUGGCUGCAGGAUCCCCCUUGAUGCCAGAGGUGGGAUCCCCACAAGACCCUGGGAAGUCCCUGCCACCCUCACCCCCACUGGGCCUGCCUCCGCCCCAGGAGUUUGGCCGGGGGAACCCAUUCAUGCUCUUCCUCUGCCUCGCCAUCCUGCUGGAGCACCGUGACCACAUUAUGCGCAACGGGCUGGAUUACAACGAGCUGGCCAUGCAUUUUGACCGCCUUGUGCGAAAACACCAUCUGGGGCGUGUCCUACGCCGGGCCAAGGCUCUCUUUGCUGAUUACCUGCAGUCAGAGGUGUGGGACUCAGAGGAGGGAGCCGAGGCCACAGCCCCAUCUUGAUCGAGCUCCCUCCAGCCCACCAUCGGCCCUACGGGAUCUUCGUUCUCUGCCGUGAGGGCCUACACAUGAGACCCCACCUCCCUGCCUGCCAGCCCUAGACCUGUUGGAGCAUGGGGCCAUCUCUCUCCAGGUCUGAGAGUAUGGGGCUCUGCUUUGGUACUGCCCCAUGGAGGCCACGGCCUCUUUUUUCUGUUUUUGUCGUUUUGUUUUUAACAACUGUACUUUGCACACAUAAGGUCACUGUGGUCUGUGUAUUUCUCUGCCCCCUCCCUGGUUUUUGUUGUAGAGGGAGUCCCCAGGGGCUCUUUACCUGACGGAGGUGAAAUACUUCACUUAGUGGAGGGUCGCUUCUGCUUCCCUAGUGGCGGGAGAGUGGGGAGGGAGUGCUGAGAAUCGGUUCUAGAAGGUGAGCUAAGGUCGAGGACUGCUUGAGGAAGGCCUGAGGCUGUUUUGUGGUACAUCUGUCUGCCUCUAAGGGUCUGGAUUAUGGGUGUGAAUGUAUAUUUUCAGGACAGGCCCCUGAAUGAGGAAUGAGAGAGAGAGUUCCUGACUCAAAGAGGGCAAGAUUCAUUACAAAGACUGGAAGUGUGGGCUGCUUAAGAGAGAAGGGUUGGGCCAGCCACCUCUGGCAUUCCACGUCACCAUUUCUAGGAUCCAGACCCUCCCCUGUGAGUCUUAUGCACUAAUGCUGGCAGUCCUGGGCAGGAGUCUAAGGCUCCUAUUCUUGUCACUUGCUUUGGGGCCAGCUUGAGGGACUGUGGCCUUGCCAUGCCUAGGGCUCUAAGCCCUAAGCUGGGUUUCCAGCUCAUGGCUACCCGUCUAACCAUUUCAGCAAUAGAAACCAUUUAUUUGCCUUCUCUACUCCACUGAUAUGGACAAACAAAUCAAUCACUGAUAAAGCUCAGGCCCUAAAAGAAGUCACCUACCUAUUUGGAGGAUAAUGAUCACAAGAAGGUCGUUUUUCCCACUUAACUUCUCAGAAGGUGGGUUAUCUUAUAGGCUGGGGACUGUCCUUCACAAAGGACCUGGCAGACGAUGCGUGAGGUAACUGGGGUCCUUCAGGUUGUGACCUCACCAUGCCAGGGUCUGUCCAGAAGUUGCUCCAUUAGGCAAUGCUAACAGAGGUGAGGGGCAUCAGGGCAGCCAUCCUCUCAUCUGUCUCCCCCAAGAAUGCCAUAGAUAGCUGGAGAUGACUCUUAAAAGGCUCCCAUCACCCCCUAGUAUUGGAGUGGAAGCUGACCAUUUCUCAGAUGAGGGUUCAAUCACUGAAAGAGCAGGAUAAGACCGUUCUGUGUUUAGGAUGCUCCAAGACUAUGGGUCUAAGAAACACAUUUGCAGAUAAGGGCCUCCAACCCCCACCCAGGGCCAUCCAAGAAAUGGCAAUGUCUGUCCCUCUGAGGACCUGAAAUGUCCCCUUUGUUACUAACCAGCUGACACCCUCUGGGUGCAUUCUGUGAUUAAUGAGCUCAGAUAUUUGAGGGGCCAGAGAAAUCAAUUCUGUGUAUGGUGGCUUGGGACCUCUGAGGGCCAGAGGAGUCCUUUCUGUAAAUAGAAGGCUCAGAUGCCCUGAAGGGUAGAAACCUCUAUUAUGUCCUGAGGAUACUUGGGGCUUCUGUUUCCUGCCAAGAUGGCAAAUAGCAUAAGACACUGAUUCCCUUGCCUGAAAGCAGCCCUUGAGAAACUACAGAGGGAAACAUGAGUUCCAGAAACUGCAGCACAGCUAUGAAGACCUGUGGGGAAAUGAAAGUCUGUCUUUAACUGGCCUGUGUUUUGAGUGGUGGACGGCUGGAGGCAGCAAAUACAGGAUAGGUUAGAGAUUUAAGGUCUGGCUCUCACCUCUCCCCCAUGUUGCCUUGGGAUGGUGCUUGUCUGCCCCUUCACUGCAGAAAUCGUCCAAACCACUGGUACAAGUGUUGGGGGGGGCUAGUGUCAGAGCAGCAAGAACCCUGCUGAGGGGUGGAAAUGAGCAGCCAGAGGCAAUCACUCCUCUACCUCUCCCCCUCCAGACACCAGGUCUGGUGGUGACACCUAGGGAGAUGGCCUCCUCUACGGAUUUAAACAUGAAACCCCUACCAGAAGAAUUGUCAGGUAGUGUGAUAGCAGAUGGGAGUGACAGCCCUGCUUUUCUGGUGCCCGGGACUGUCCACCCUCUGGCUUCAUCUCCCCACACAUCUCUUUACCCCUUGAACUCCAGGUGAUUGAGCAGAGUCAAGUCUGGCCUUCAGCCUUCCCUCAGUACAUUUUUUUUUUGGUGAGAAAAAUUGGCCCUGCACUGACUUCUGUUGGCAAUUUUCUUCCUCUUUUUUUUUUCUUGAGGAAGAUUGUUGCUGAGCUAACAUCUAUGCCAGUCUUCCUCCAUUUUGUAUGUGGGACGCCACAACAGCAUGGCUUGAUGAGCAUUGUGUAGGUCCGCACCCAGGAUCCGAACCUGUGAACCCUGGGCCACCAAAGCAGAGCAUGCAAACCCAACCACUAUGCCAGCGGGCCAGCCCCCCUCAGUACAUUUUACCAGCCACAACAGCUGCUAAAUUCAGUGAAAUAUGAGCUCACUGCCAAAUGACUAGACCCUGGGCCAAUAUAACUACCUCCAAAGAAAAAUAAAAUGGAUGUAUUAGUUAUCUAUUGCUGUAUAACCAAUUAUCCCCAAACUUAGCAGCUUAAAAUAAUGGAUAUUUGGCGCCGGCCAGUGGCAUAGCGGUUAAGUGCACAUGCUCCACUGUGGCGGCCCGGGAUUUGGAUCCCCUGCACACACCGAUGCACGGCUUGUCAAGCCAUGCUGUGGCGGCGUCUCACAUAAAGUAGAGGAAGAUGGGCACGGAUGUUAGCCCAGGGCCAGUCUUCCUCAGCAAAAAGAGGAGGAUUGGCAUCAGAUGUUAGCUC